UUAAGCACUGGCCAAGGCCCAAUUUUAGUAAAUUAAAAUGGGUUUGUUCCAUAUUGUAGGCCAAGGGCCAACUUUCGUGGAUUCCUAUUGUGUGGUUAGGAAAAGUUCCUUCAUAUAUGAAACUAUCAUAAUCACAUAAACCCUAAAUCAUUAGAAUAAUAUAAUCCCUAGAGCAUAUAAAUGGAAUUAUUCUUUUGUCCAUUUUUUUUCAAAUUAUUUUUUAAAAAAUGAAAAUUUUGUGGUUGGUAUAUUUUUUACUCUGUUUAUCAUUAAAAAAAAUUCUCACAUUUUUAUUUUUCUUCCUACAAAACCAGAACAAAUAAUGAAAAUUCAUUGAAAUGAGAUAAAAAGAGGAAAUAAAUGAUAAAUACCCUUAAAGAUUCUGCAACUUCUGCUAGUUUUACUUUUUCCCGCCAAAGAAGAAAAACAAAAGAAGUGAACAAAUGUUCUGUUUUUCUCUGUUUCACUACUCACCUCCUUUAAUCACCAAAAUAAAACCCAAAACUUUUCUAUUAAAACCCCACUUCAAAACCCAGUUUUUUCCUCUUAAUUUCUAUCAAAACCAACUUUUUCCUCAAAUUUCCACGAACAGAAUUUCUGGGUGUACCAUAAAAUCCCCUGCUUUUUCUUCUUCUUCGUUGGAGGAUGAGUUUGACGUGGAAUUGGGCCGUCUUUUGGCUCUGUUGCCAGAGGAGAUUAGAAAUAGAAUCGGUGAACAUGAAGAGCUACGUGAAUUGAUUGAAGUGGUUAUGGAUUUAGGGAGGAAACCCUUGGCUAGAUUUCCUUCGGGGGAUUUUGUAUUAUCUGAUUGUCCAAUCACAGUUCAGGAUAUUCAGUAUGCUACUUCUCAGGUUGGUGACUUUGCCAUCGAUAAUCGAGCGGGCAUCAGCCGAACAUUACAUCGAAUUAGUGCAAUCAGGAAUCGAAAAGGCACAAUUAUUGGUUUAACUUGUCGUGUUGGUAGGGCAAUAUCUGGAAGUGCUGAUUUAUUGAGAGAUUUAGUUCAAGAUGGGGCUUCCUUGGUGCUCAUUGGUCCUCCAGGUGUGGGGAAAACAACAAUUAUCAGGGAUAUAGCAAGGAUGCUUGCAAAUGACUACAAGAAACGUGUAAUGAUUGUUGACACCUCCAAUGAGAUAGGUGGGGAUGGUGAUAUACCACAUGCUGGAAUUGGUCAUGCAAGGAGAAUGCAAGUCCCUGACUCUGAUAUGCAACAUAAGGUAUUGAUAGAAGCAGUUGAAAAUCAUAUGCCACAAGUUAUUGUGAUUGAUGAAAUUGGGACAAAACUUGAGGCAAUGGCUGCAAGCACAAUUGCACAACGUGGAAUUCAGCUAGUUGCCACUGCUCAUGGAGUAACCAUUGAGAAUUUGAUUAUGAAUCCUUCUCUGGAGAUCCUUAUUGGAGGAAUACAGAGUGUGACUCUAGGGGAUGAAGAGGCAAAUAGGAGAGGUGUCCAGAAGACUGUGCUUGAGAGGAAAGGACCUUCAACAUUUAGUUGUGGUGUGGAGAUUGUUUCUAAGACUGAGUUACGUGUUCACCGUUGCCUUGAAGCAACAGUUGAUGCUGUUCUCUCAGGUUGUUUUCCACGCAUUGAAAUCCACAAGAUGAACUCUCAGGGUCUGGAAGAGACCUCACAAACUUUUACUGAAAUCAGCUCUGACAAAAAGAGUGCAGUGGUUGCUGGAGAUCUUUUAGAGAUUAGCAAUGAGAAGAUUGGCCAGAAUCAGUUCCCUUCUGAGCUUUCUUCAAACAUGGCUGAGGAUUCAUUGGAAGAUAGGGCUUUACUUCAAUUGUACGUCUACGGGAUACCAGAGGCGAGUGUGAUACAAGGACUUAAAAAGUUGAAAAUGGACGCUGCAGUUCGAAUAACUGAAAAUAUCAGUGAGGCAGAUGUGUUACUUGCACUGCAUUCAAAGCUCAAAAAGAACGCUGGGAUUCAAGCUGCAGCUAAAUCUCAUGACAUACCUGUCUAUGUGGCAAAGACAAGCUCAUUGAUGCAGGUAACAAAAGCCAUAGAGGCAUUAAAAGAUGAUUAUCCAGAUGGAUUGAAGAAUUCUGGAUCAGAAGAUGAUAUGAGUAUUUUGGAGAAGGUUGAUGCCUUAGAGGAAGCAAGAAUAGCCAUUGAACAGGUAGUAAUCCCAAAAGGGGAGCCUGUGGAACUGCUUUCAAGGCCACCUCACAUUUUAUCUUUACAAAUAGAGCUCAUUCAGAAAUACCAACUACAGUCAGAGAAAGUUGCCAAAGGGUCAGAUUUCCGUCUACGUAUCCUCCCUUUUCAUCUCAUAACGAACGAGGACAAAAACUCUAAUGAGACUGUUGAUGGAAAUAAGCUUGACAAUUUUGACUGCUAUGGUGCAAAUGGUUCCCCGCACAGCGUGGACAAGUUACCUCUUCUUCCUGAUUAGCCAUUAUCAGUGUAUUGAACAUAGAACAUUGCUGCAUCUUAUUGUUGUAAAUUUUGAUAUAGUAACCUCACAAAGUUCUCAUCAUGGAGGCUUGUGUUGCAUUGCUUUAGAUUUUGCUGGUUUCUGUGGGAUGUUCUAGCAUAAAAAUUCUGUCAAACAGUAUCAGCAAAUUAGGAUCACCAACUGCUGUUUGAUUGCUCAUAUGUUGGGCCCCAGAAUUUGUAACUUUACAUUCAGAUAAGCUUUAAAAAACCCGAAAUGAUUGAAAUACAGUUGCAGGGUUGAUUUUUUUUUCCUCUUUCGAUGGAAUAAAAUCAAAGAGAAUUGAAUCAACAAUAGUAUACAACUGAAGCUUUUUGUUGCACCAAUUUAUACACUAAAUGCUUUUAUAUUGAUACUGUCAAUCAAGUAUAUUACGAAUUCUUUGGAUAAAAUAACAAUUUAUGAAUGAGAACAAGAUAUACAUAAAUCCAUGUACUAUAGAGCAUGAGGAUAAGAUGAAGACUAGAAGAGAGGAAGAUGAUGUCAUGGAAUUUUUUGUAAUUGGACAGAUAAAGCUUAUGCUAGCUAGCUAGGAUCUAUCUAUCUUUCAAAGUAGAUAUCCAAUAUAUAAUUAGAUAGUCCUUGCAUUUUAUACAAAGUUUCAAUGCUUCAAAGUUUCUUUACCUAAUAAUGUUACUCAUCUCCAAUCCUAAUUGUUCAAUUUAAUUGCUUAUAUAGUCAAGAGAGUUAGGAAAACAUAUUUAUACAAUAGUAUUGGUCUAAUUCUUUUCCAAUCUACU